UGAUACUUCAAUACCAACUUUUUUAUUGGUAGGAAGUGAACUGUUCAAAAAAUAUUUUAAACUAUUGAUGGAAAACUCCGUAACGUUCGAAUGCGUAAAUGUUAAGUUGAAGCUAUUUGAAGAUUUUCUAACAUUUUAUUAUCAGAAGCAGCAAUGCCGUUAUCAGCAGCACGGAGAGAUAGGAAUAAGUGGCAUCUUGAGUAGUUCAUUAUGUGAGGCGUUCAUUAUCCAGGGUAUCAUUUUACGGCCGGAAGAGAAAGCUUACAAAGAAGGUUAUCUAGAAUAAAUUUUGGGAGGAGAAAUAAUGACAAAAGCAGACUUGAUUUGAAAUUUCGUGUCGCACCGUGCGUCGAGAGUGAUUUUUUUGUAUUUUUCUUUUCGGCGUUAACUCCGUCUGGGAAAAGUUUCAAACGCUGUUCGUAUAAAAUUAUUUCGUUUCGUCGAAUUGCAGACAAAGUGAGAAAUGGAAGCGUUUCCCCUCGCGGUAGCGACGCUGUUGGCGUGGUGUUGCGUGUUCGCCGCAGGGGACGCCGACAAGCCGCCGCCGCCCAACUUGGUGGUCUUCUUGGUGGACGACCUGGGCUACGGGGACGUCGGUUGCUUCGGCAAUCAGUCCCUCCCGACGCCCAACAUCGAUCGGCUGUGUCGCGAAGGCGUGAAACUGUCGCAGCACAUCGCGGCGUCGCCGAUUUGCACGCCGAGUCGCGCCGCCUUGCUCACUGCGCGAUAUCCGGUGUCCAUUGGGAUGGAGUCGUCCCGGUUGAACAGGGUCUUCCUCAACCUCGCGUCCACUGGAGGAUUGCCGGUAGGCGUGAAAACGCUGCCACGGGUGCUGCAAGAAUCCGGCUAUUCCACAGCGCUGAUUGGCAAAUGGCACUUGGGGCUCCACUGCGGGUUCCCGCCCGACUUUUGCCACCACCCCAACAGCCACGGGUUCGACUACUUCUACGGCCUGCCGUUGACCAACCUCCGGGACUUUGGCAACAACGACGGUCUACAUUCCUCUGUGCUGAAACCCUUUAUGCAUCUCGUGACGGCUGCCUGGGUGUCGUUGAUGAUUUCCGCGCUGACUUUCUUGUGGCUGGUGACGAAGCGGGCGUGUGCAGCUGCGAUGGUGUUCCUGCUGAUGUGCUCCGUUUUGGGAUGCGUGCUGAUGCCGUUGCACAAUUUUCGCACGUUUUCUGGGGUCUUGAUGAAGAACUUGGACGUGGUGGAACAGCCGUUGGAUUUGGACGGAUUGACUGAACGCUUUGUUGGGGAAGCCAUGAACUUUAUUGAUCAGCAGGCAUCAGACGACAAACCUUUCCUGUUAUUUCUCGCCUUCACGCACGUGCACACAGCAUUGGUGCCAGGGAACAAAUUCAGAGGCAAGAGUCAAUUCGGUGCUUACGGGGACAGCGUGAUGGAGGUGGACCACAGCAUGGGACAGAUCCUGGCCCAGCUGGACGCCCUGGACUUGACUGACAACACAGUGGUGUACUUCAGCUCGGACAAUGGUGCUCAUCAGGAGGAGACCAUGGGAGACGGUUCCCCAGCUGGGGGAUCCAAUUUCCCGCUCAAGGGAGGCAAGGGCAUGGGCAGCAUGGAAGGCGGCAUCCGGGUUCCGUCUGUGAUUAGGUAUCCGAAAGUAUUCCCUGCUGGUCGAGAAGUUGCAGUUCCGACGAGUCAGAUGGACUUGUUGCCGACUUUCGCGUCGCUGGCUGGCUUGAAUGUGGACACCCGUCGGAUGGACGGGAAGGAUUUGACUCAAGUGCUCAGCAAUGGGACUGAUGAUUCCCCGCACAAGGUGCUGCUUCAUUUUUGUGGGACGUAUCUGCAUGGGGCUCGUUACGUGGAAGACGUGGACCAUGUUUGGAAGGUUAUCUUUGCCCACCCGAAAUUCUUGCCCGGAACGUACAGAUGCGAGUUCAUCUGUUUCUGCACCCCCGGGGACGUGGUCACACUGGACCCACCCCUGGUCUACAACAUUCAGGAGGACAUGACUGAGAAGCAUGCGUUGAACCCGGCGACGGACAAGUAUCGACAAGUAUUGGACCUUGUGAAAAGCGCAGCGCGGGAUUUGGACGAGGCUCUGAUGGUGAACCCACCAGAGGACCAGUUCAGCAUUUUGAACUCAAUUUGGCGGCCUUGGCUUCAGCCUUGUUGCGAUUUCGGGAAAAUGUGCAGCUGUGAUUCGUGAUUUCAUCCCUCGACUGCGUAUUUGAGCGUUUUUAUUUUUCCAUGAGCUUCUGUUUUUUUUUGUUUUUUCAUCUUGUGACGCGUCUCUCGGACUUUUGGCGUUUUUCAAUCGAAUCAGUGUAUUUUUGUUAGCUUUUUUUUCCGUUUUUUUCUACCAUGUAUGUGUGCCAUAUGUGGAGUAUUCUGUUUUUUUUUUUUUUUUUUUUUUUUU